AUGGCUCCCCCACAGUCGCCCUUCAUCGCGAGCAUCCCUAACUUUACUGGACCACUGGCAUUGGGCUACAUGUUUGGCUGCGGAUUAUUUGGCAUGCUUAUCGUGCAAAUGUGCAAGUCCGCCACCGCCCUAAACAGUCUCAAUGCUAAGCCAACUUUACAGCCGUUUAUGUCUCCCAUUUCCCGAAAGAUAAUUGCUGGAUCAAGCUACUCGGCCGUCUUUACCCUUUUCACCACCAUCGCUGCUUGGAACAACUUUGGCAAAAAUUGGGGUGACGUCGAGACCCUCCUGACCAUUGACUGGUCUUGGGAUCCUUUACCGAUUCUCAACGCGUUGGUUGCAUCCAUGGUCCAAAUAUUCUUUGCGUGGCGUAUCUAUCGGUUGUCUAAUAAGAUCUGGAUAUCGAUUCCGAUUGUUUUGGUCUCGUUGCUCCAACUCUGCGCGGCGACCUAUUACGACGCAAUGGUCAUCAAGGAGAAAAACUCGAUCUUAACCCUCCUAGCUCUUACGGAGUGGGUGGAUACUUGGCUCAUCAGCAGCGCUGUGUGCGACAUCUUGAUCUCAACGGCGAUGAUUACUAUCCUUGCUCGAGCUAGCUUGAAGUCGCACUUCCGUCGCUCAAGUUCGUCACUGAAUCAGAUCAUCAAGUUCACAAUAGAGACGGGCUUUGUCACGACAAUCGGCGCCAUCAUAGAGGUUAUCCUGUGGCGCACGAUGUCUGAGAACAGCUUUCACUUCAUCUUCUUCUUGACGCUCGGUACUCUUAACGUUCUGCUUGCGUCGCUGAACUCCCGUGCAAUCCUAUCCGCUCGUCACGGUGGCUAUAUAGACGUUUCCGCAAGCCAAACCCGAUCAGUCCUUUGGUCGGACAUGACUUCCACUCUCGCCGGUUCACGUGCGGCGAAGUCGGCCCCCGCUACCAUCAACGUGCAGACAACGAAGAUCGUACACCAAGAUACAGAGCUUGAUGACAUAUCUAAGCAUAAUGGAACAUCUUCUUUCUCAAAGCCAGCAGCGACCGAAUUUGUGUGA